CUUCCCUUGCCCAACGAGUCGGACUCCAUGGAGGUAUGAAAUUCGAGGAGAACAAUGGCGCCUCAGUAAAUUGGCCUGCUACUGCACGAUCAUCAAUUGUAAUCUUUGGUCUUCGAAUUUAUCUCAUCUGUGCACUUGGCUUCGCGAUUUUGGAUAGGCUGAAAGCCAACCUCGUGCUAGGUCUGCGCCGAAGAACUUGAAAGGAACAAUGCCUGGUUGCUCAUGUUUGCUCGUGUAUCAAUCCAUUGUUCGCU